UGCUGGCCAUGCUGGGUCAAUAAAACCUUGAUGGACUGAUCAUACGCUGAUGCACGAUGGAGUCACUCUGCAGGUUGAAGAUACUUCUCUUUAACUUGUGGAUACAAGCUGGUGUUGUGCCCGGGAUUCAUGGCAGCAGUGGAGUUGCCAAUCAUCUGUCAAAAGAAGAUGUUUUGCUUUUGAAGGAUGAGCAGGACCCAAAGUGUUUCACUCGGACACAUGAGGAUUUCACCUGUUUCUUUGAGAACUCGGAGAACAAGACUUAUGAUUUGCUCUACACACUGGCGAGGUCGUUGGGACCGUCCAACUAUAAAUGUGAAAUGUCAACCCAGAGAACAGAGAAGAGAACCUUCCUCCACAUCUGCUCCUUUCCUAGCACAGAUGUUUUUCUGUAUACGGACAUACACCUCCAAGUGGUCGAACAUAAUACCAACAAAACCCUCCAUGCUCGGACCGUCACUGUGGACGACCAUGUUCUUCUGGAGCCUCCUUUCAAUGUGUCUUUACACCCAAACGGCCAAGUUGGACAGCUGAAGGUUUUAUGGCACACUAAGGUCCCCAAAUAUCUGGAAUGGGAUAUGAUGCACAGAAUUCAAUACUCAUCCAGAACCUUUGUUAAGAAGAUUAAAGAGUCUAAAGAUGACCGAACACUGAAGUCUCUGGUAACUGGCGAGGUGAUUGACGUCCAAGUUGGUAUCAAGUGUCCCUCGGAUAGAGGCCACUGGAGCAGCUGGUCACGCCCCGUGCAGGCUGUAGUUCCACAAAGUACAGAUGAUAUUUCCAUGGAGUGCUACACCUCGGACCUGAACAGCGUCAGCUGUGAGUGGAAUGGGACCAGAUAUGGUGCAGAAGAUGAGUACAAGUUUUUCUACAAAACAUGUCUCAGGGACUCUUGGAGCUGCACAGAAUGGACGGAGUGUCUGGAUGAUGAGACCCUCACUAACCUGUGUACUUUCACUGGAGAUGUGUACAGAACGGUCAAAGUAAAACUCACCAGCACUUCAGCUGCAACCAGCCGAACCUUUUACAGUGAAGAGUUCACUCUCAACAACUCCAUUAAAACUUCCCCACCGAGUCGUCUCACGGGAGCAAUAAUGAACAACCAGCUGUGCUUGAAAUGGGAAGCUCCUCUUGCACUGCGGCUGCCUCACCUGGAGUACGAGGUCGACUGUCAGAUCGGAGGAGGUGUAGGUUUGAAGUUGAAAAGGGGCCCUGAGGCUGAGGCGUGUGUGAAGGUGCCUGCAGGUCAGCACUACAGCGUGAGGGUCAGAGCCAAGCCCAGGGGGGCCUCUGGACACUGGAGCAGCUGGUCGCAGGUGCUGACUGGUGGCAUGCCGUCGGAUACAGGACUCUGGUUCAUGCUCUGCAUCCCUGUGUCACUGCUGAUGAUAACUAUCAUCGUCAUGUCCGUGUUUCCUGCAUAUCUGAGUAAGCUGAAGCAGUAUUUUUGGCCCCCAGUGCCAAACCUUGACAAAGUCCUGCAAGGCUUUCUGACGGAGAUUAACAGACAGACAUGGGAUCCUCCAAACACAGCAAAGCAGUGCUUUGAAGAAACGACUUCCUCUGUGGUGGAGGUGAUGUCUGAAGACGAGGUUUCAGCGUUGGGAAAACAAUCAGAAGAAUCCACUGAGCUCCUGUCAGCAGAAGGAAGUUCCUCCGGCACGGAGCAGGUAGACGGGAGCCCUGGGACUGAGGUCUUUCCAAACUACGUGACUCUGAAUGAAGACUGUGUUGUUCUUUGCCCACAAGGAAACAAUUAUGUGUAUGAGCAGUUUAGAGAGAAAGGAGAGCCUGCAGCAGGAGAGGAGCUCCUGCAGACCAGCAGUGACGACUCAAGCUUAGGCGUUGACUAUCUGAAUUACUCCUAUGUGCCUCAAGCUGAGCCUGCAGACAGACUCAGCUGCAAGGUCGCAGGUCAGAGUGGUUCAGGGAACCUCUACACGAACUCCCCCUGCAGCUAAGAGCACAGCUAAGUGUCUUUUCUACUGCAAAUUUUAUGUAUAAUAUGUCCUAUCUAUCUAUCUAUCUAUCUAUCAAAAUGGGUGAGUAAUAAAACAUAUAUGAUUUAUGCAAAGAAGGAAGUUUUCGACCAACCAGACAUCUUAGAGAAAAGACCAGUGGUUCUCCCAGUACCGCCAUUGUGGCUGACCUGAACAUACGGUAGUGGAGUCUUAGCCUAUUAGCUGUGGACUGUUCACUAUUCAUUCCAAGUGUUGUACAAUUUUGAUUUUUGAAAUGUGUUUUAUUAUUAAAACUAUAUAUAUAUAUAUAUAUAUAUAUAUAUAUAUAUAUAUAUAUAUAUAUAUAUAUAUAUAUAUAUAUAUAUAUAUAUAUAUAUACAUAUAUAUGGUGUACCCCCACGUACCACUAGAGGGGGGUUGUGUACCACUGGUGAUAUGAAAACCAGAGUUUGACAAUGCCUAAAAUAGAUUUAGUUUAAAAGUUGCUAUAUGUAUUAUAUUAUAUCAUAGCAUACAUUUAUUAUUAAGCCUCCAAGUCCUCCUCUACAACAGAACUAUAUAUGGUUUAUGAAUGUUGCUUCUAGAAUAUGUUGUAAGACUCUGUGUCUUUAACUGUAUUGUGUUUUGAGACCAAUUAAGAUGAGCAGGUGCAUUUCUCUGUGAUAUCCUGCAGUUCCUCACAGCUUCUGUUUGUGUCCAUUUUGUGCUCUCUCGCUGUGUUACAGGGUCAGAGUCAGGGCACCUGGUCAUUAGCAUCCACCUUUCUGAUAUAAUUUGGAGUUAUUUAUCAAAAUCUGUUUCAUUGCUCAGUGAGCAUAAUAUUGAAUUUAGGAGUGCUGAAUACCAUGCACAUUCAGGUUUUGUUAACCCGAUUGUAUAAAGAAGGAAUGAGUGGGUGGGAUUAUGUGACAAUGUCCAUGUUCAUUUAUGUAGGAUUUAAAUGUAUUUUCUGUCCACUUUAUAUUUUCAGAAUGUUUCUUUUUUUUUUUUUGUAUUUUCCUGCAGUUUGAAAAUACUUUAAUUCUUACUGGGUUGGCUCAGAGGAAAGAAUCUCAGAUCUCAGUGGGUUAUAGUAACAGCAUGACAUGUGACCAGGAAUUAAGAAAACUAUAUUACUGAUUUUCCACAAUUUCACACUGAUAUUCCAUUAGAUACUAUCAAAUUAUGCUCUCAUAAUGCACCAAGUCAAAGUUUUUAAUAAGCAAUUAAGAUAAAAUAAAGAAAUAAAUGAAUGAAAGAAUAAAAAUGCUACAUCUACACUUUUUCUUACUUUUUUUUUUAAGUGCUCACAGUAAACAUCGCUCAUGUGUGAAACAAUGGUAAUAACUACAGUAAGCUUUAUGUAAAAGGUAUUGUUGGACUGUCAGCUUUAAAGCAUCUACAGUGAAACUCAUGCAUGUCUUUGUUGGACACCAUGUUUUAAUUGUUUGUGCUGAACAGUGAACCUCUCAAUAUUCGGCAAUAAUCAGCCCAGUUUUGUUAACGGACACAGGUAAAACUGCAGGAAACAGACUUUGGACAGCCUCCAGCUGUAACUGCACCGUGCCUCAAGCCUCAGUACAUUGUUUUUGUAUUACACUUUUACUGUCACUAGGUGGUAGUGGAGAUCAGCAAAGACAUGGCGUGUUGGCUGUUCCAAGAGACAAUGGGCUGCUGUACAUCACAGCAAAAAUGUCUGAGCUUAGUCAUUGGUUGGUAUUUUAUGUUUCCUUUGCAACCUCAAAACUUUGUGAUCAAUACUAACUUUGUGCAUUAGGAUAAUGAAAGUCAGAGUAUCAUUGGGAGCUUAUAGGCGAAAUAUGAAUUAAAGUGGCAUUAAUAAUAUUAAAAUGACUGGAGAGGGGAGGCUGUAACUUAAAUGACCAAAAAAAAAAAAAAAAUCAAUGCAAAGACCACACAGAAAAGUGCUAGAUGUUAAUUUAUUACACAAUAUAGACGAAAGGCUCAAUUUAAGAUGAUUCAAAUAAUUAUUACUCACAACUUGGAUGAAAACCAAGAGACCUGAGUUAAAACAUGGGCACAGCAUUAUGACUACAGGGAUGGGUGAAAGGAUUAGUAAGCGUAUAAAUGAGGGUCUGUGUCGGAGCACUUACUCAUAGUUUGUCCUGCCA